GUAAUUGGCAAUUUCCAAUGGAAGAAAACACAAGGUUCUUGGAAUUUCAACACAGGUGUAUUUACUCGAAUGAACAGGGAUAAGUGUGCAAGCAAAUCAAGAAACUUACACAAGGGGGAAAUAAGGGAGAAAGGCAAUUUCCUUAUAAGGCUAUCCUGCAGGAGGGAGUGGUUGCUAAUUUAAAAUGCUUCACAGCGCUUAGGUAAGUAUAUGAUUCAGAAGUGUAAAGAGUCCUUUUCUUUCUUUAUGGGAAGCUUGCUUAAUAGAUCUCAGCCUCUUCUCUUCCUAGAACUGGUAGAUCCAUCUUCCAGUACUUGGAGGUCUCUUUAGCUUGAGAGUUCAUUAAAGUCUAUACUUCUGUUCGUUUUUAAGAUCACGGGAUAUCUGAUCAGUGGAUUUCCCAUAAGCUGCCAUCCAGGUUUAGUUCUUAAUUCCUCCCAGUUGCUGAGCUCCUCUUCAAUGCCAUUCUUACGGACAAGGAAGCCCCUAACCUGUAACAAGGCUGUUUUGGUUUCGGUGACCAAAUUUGAUCCCGGAGUGGAUUUGGACAUACGAAAUGGGGCGCGUCGAGACACAAAGAGACUCCACAAGAUCCUUUCUCGACUGGGAUUCCAGGUGGACAUUCACAAUGACCUGUCUGCAAAUGAGAUCCAGCAAGUAUUUAAAACAGCAAGCACGGAGCCAGUUGACAAUUGUUUCGUGGGGGUCUUGUCUAGUCACGGAGAGGAAGGUCUAAUUUUUGGGGCAGAUGGGGCUGCAGUGAGGUUGGCAGAUAUUUUUGGAUGGUUUGGAAAUCCUGUCAUGGCUGAGAAGACUAAGGUCUUCUUUGUGCAGGCUUGUCGUGGGACCGAUCUGGAUAGCGGGGUGGAACUCCAGACAGACUCGCCAGAGCUCAGCCAGGAAGAAGAUAGCUUCUCUCACUGCCACGCCAUCCCCAUCAACUGCGCCGUCACGUUCGCUACUUCACCAGGGUACUCGGCUUUCCUUCACCCCUUGGGCUCGGUGUUCAUCCAGACCCUCUGCGACCUCCUGGAAGAGGAGGGUGGGAAGAACCUGGAGAUCAACCAGCUCCUCACCCGUCUCAACUACCGUGUGGCCUAUAGCUUUGAAGCCAGGGGGAGGGACCUGGGUGGGAAGAAGGUCAUGCCCUGCUUUGUCACCCGACUCACCCGAGAGGUCUUCCCGUUCGCUGACAGAGCCCAGCACCCACAAGCCCUGAAGUAUGGAACUGAACAGGAUUGACAGCAGGAUACCUGCUAUGUGAUGCCAUGCAAUGCACACGGUGGAACAGAUAUCAACACAGCAGCAUCUGGUUGUGGGGUCUUGCUUACUAGGAUUGUUCUCAUGAUUCUUAAUUUAUUUGGCUAAUGCAUUUAUCCAAAACAACUCGCUACUGUUACAAUGACCAGUUUCUUUAUAUGCAGAUUUUUGGUUCACACGUGAAUUUGAGCCCACAGCCUUCUACACAUUUAGCCACCUAGUUACUGAGCAUAAGUAACUGAGCUUUUGUUUCUUUGAAUGACAUUUAGGGAAUUAUAAGUUACAGGUGCAAUUAAAAGAACAGCUAAGUGGUUGUUUUGCAUCAUGUUCCAUUUUAUAGUUAAAAAAAUAGUCCAACUUCUCAGUAUUUGAUUAAAGUUUAGCCAUUGAAAAUAGGUUUUAAAUAAAUACAGUUUAAUUUUGCAUUGCAAGACAAUAAUAUACAUUAAAUGUUUUGAAAUUGAUUCAAAAAGGAAAGUUAAAUUGUGCCACAAAUGUGACAAUGCAACUCCUUUGAUUGUUAUAUUUCUGCUUUGAUUGAUCAGCCCUCUCUGCAUGCCUGAGGAAUAUUAAUUUACAGACCUUUAAUUGAGAAAAUAAUUUAAUUCUUCAGAAUAUAUUGCAGUACUAUAUGCCAUCUAACAAUUUAAUAAUUAUUUAAAAUGUAUGGAUUUAAUUUAGAAAACAAUACUUUGAUUUAAAUUGCACACUUUGUUGUGCUGCAGGCUUCUUCACCAAGUUAUUAUUGUAAAUUUGUUCUUAAGAUAUUAACCUGGUUAAAUGAAUUAAAUUAAAAAGAACAACUUCACCUCCUUCUGCAUAUAUUCUUUGUACUGUAAAUUUAUCUUUUUGAAACUUCUCACCUACUCCAUUAUUUGUCCCUACCAAGAGAAUGGACUUUCUGUAUUGUCACAUACUAGACAGUUUAACACGUUUUCUCAAGAAAUGCAUCAAGCAUAGAUAGACAAAUGCGUCUGUCAUCACCUCUGUCGGAUUUGCCCUCCAGCACCCAUCAGGUGUUACUCAUUUAGAAGGAUCUGGCUGUUCAGGUAGAACACCUGGCCUCACAAAAACUGAGGUUACUAACAUCUUGAGAUAAAUAGAGAAAGGGAAACCCGGACACGGUUGUUUAAUCUUUAGUGAAAUGACCCGGACACCAAACUUGUGACACCUGAGUGAAUUACGUUACGUUUACUGUGUACUAAAAAAGAAAAUACUGGAAGUAAAACUACGCGUGCCAAGUUUGUGUUCACGUUAAACAAAAGACAAAAAAUAUUUUCUGUCUUUGGCAGCUAUGAGCGUCAGGAGUGCGGAACUUAUCUGACUUCCUAAGAAGCAGCCUCUUUUUUGGGGACGACACUCAUUUAAAUAUGUUUUAUGAAAUUCCCACGUGAACCUAAAUUUUAUUUAAAUUGUUGAACAGAAAAUAUUACCGAGAACCGCACCGAAGUCCCGUGAAGUGAACAACAUUUUAUAUAAACUCGCUACAUGUUUUUAAACCACGAACGUGUAAUUUACAAAUGAACUACGAUAAUGAGGGUUAUACAUAUAGAAAACGUUGCAUCUUAUCAGUCCAUUUUACUGAGCAAGAAGCCUGUUGUGGUUUACUGAACAUACGAGAAAAUCAUGUGGCUCUUUUAUGUCAAUACUGUGCUUUAGAUAAAACUGUACCUUGGCCUCUUAACACUGCCCUCUCUGAAAAGGGUAAUAAAAGGGUAAUAAGGAAACACGGAAUAUCAAAGGUUCAACUCCCUUAUCCUCGUUCAUAAUUUUGUUUUCUUUUGUUAGACUUAUCCUAAAAAUAAUACAUUUCUCUGAAAGCGUAAUAGUCUGAGACAGAUCACAAAACUACUGAAAUAACCACAAGUGAAAUUUUGAAAAAGAAAAUCUUUAGGGGAAAAACAACUUUUUACAUAAAACGUGUAGUACGCGUUGCUGAAAUCCAAAAGAUGUGACAAUGGCGCCUCCUGGUGGCGUCCUGAGCAAUCAAUUAAAGUAACGAUUAACUUUAUUUCCAUCUUAGACUUAGACAUAUAGGAUUUCACUUCAGGUCUUGUCAAACUUGUACAGCAAGUAACCAGACUAAUGCUCUUUAGGUAAUGUAAGCAGUGAUGUUUGUAUAGCAGAAUUAAGAACAUUGGAUCAAUUACAAACAUGAGGCCAUUUAUCUCAUCUAGUCUGUUUUUAGCAGCUAAUCGAUCGAAAGAUCUCAACCAGGUGUUUCCCGAAGGAAGGCAGGGUAUCAGCUUCAAGAACUUGGUUGGGUAGCUUAGUCCAUACUCCACUCCUCUGUGGAAAGCCGUUCUUAUUUUGAAGUGCACUUCCAUCUAUGUUCCAAUUAUGUCCUCUGGUUUGUAUUUCAUUGUUUAUUCCAAAGAAGUAUGCAAGGUGAUGACCAAUACUUUUGAUGCCAAGGAUUUUCAAUACUUGGAACAGGUUCCCUCAUAGACUUCUCUGCUCAAGUCUGAAAAGGUUCAUAUUCUUCAGCAUUUCAGCGUAUGACGUUUAAGCCCCAGCAUGCAUUGCUCUGCUCUGGACUGACCAACAUGUUUUCUGUAACAUAAUGACCAAAACUGUACACAAUAUUCUAAGUCUCUUCUAGCUCAGCAUUUCCAUUUUAUAAAUAGUUUAUGCUUGUGUUUUUAGCACCUACAUGCAAAACUGUGCAUGUCUACAUUAAACAUCAUCUGCCAGGAAUGCAAAAUUCAUUUCAACAAAAGGAUGGAAUACCUAAAACUUUAUCUGCCUUAAAAUUCUCAUUAGGGACUUUCACCAGUAAUUCCAGUACUUGCUUUGAACCCCUAAUUAUACUUCCAAUUUAAUUAAAAUUAUGCUUAAAGUAAAGCUAAAAUGCUUUGUGUGCCCAGUAUAUAUUUUUUUGUCCAACUUCAAAUAUUCUAAACUCUUCUGAAGCUGAAGGAGGAGCAAGAAUCCUGGUUAUAGUAAUGGAAAGAAUACCAGGACGUCCAAUGAAAAUCUUAUUGGUCUUUAAGUCCCCUGAAAGCAGAAGCAAAGAAUUCUGAAAUGGAUGUACUCAAACAGGUUAAAUCAGGUCUCAAAUUUAUUUUUCAUUGACAGAAAAAGUGAAUCAAAUAUUUAUAAAGAACAAAACAGUAUCUUUGCACCAGCCGGCUGCAUUUGUCACCACAGUGACAGACUAUGGAAACAUCUGAGAAGGCAGGACCUUGUUCUGUCCAAAAGGGCCCCAGGUAAGAAAUGAAAGAGUUGUUUUCAUUUGUCAUUUAGACUAAAUUAUAGGAUCCUAACAGUUUCCUUCACAGUAAGAGUUGGUCUUACUCUCCUACACUCUACCACAUCUGAAACAAAAUCUAAGUGGGUAAAAUAUUUUAAGUUACAAUAAUUUACUAGGGUUGCCCACUUUUAGAAAGUAAUCUAAGCAAAAACUACAAUAACAAAAAGAAUGGACCUCAUCAUCUAAAGCACUUCUCUUGAGCUCCUCAUUUAAAAUGCAAGUGCUCUUAAAUUUGCUAAAUAUUUUCUGGUGGUUAAACAUGAUUACUUUUGCAGAGAAUGGACUGUGAUUCCUGAAAAUUACCUAUCUGGACAACAGGAAUAUUAAUAUUUACUGGUCAUCUCCAUAGCACACUAGUAAUGCAGUUUUUGAAGAAACUCAAAAUGUACCGCAUUCCUGAUUUCAAUUAAAUAAAGUGAAGGAUAUCUUUAGCAAUCUGAGAACUAGUGACGUAUAUGAAAACACAUAAUUACAAGAUGCUACUUUAAAUAAAUAGGAGACACAAACAAACCAGUAACACAAUUAACACAUUUCAGAACUGAAGUUAACAAAACCAUCAAUUGUAAAAGCAAGUGCUUUUGUUUAGGUAAUUUCUCUAACAAAUUCACAUGGCAAAAAAACAAUCAUAGACCUGCUUUGUAAAUUGAUCUUAAUUGAAAUUCCACACCCACCCACUCCCAGGAUAAAACAUUCAAAAUCACAUAAACUAUCAUCAUUCACUUAAUAAGCUUUUUUUCCUAAUACACCUGCAGCACUGCAGUCUGUUGCUAAACCCCAGCAAAGCUGCUGCCUUCAAAGAACAUAGAUAUCACAAAUGACCUGCAAUCACUCUACAAUCACUUUCUGAUACACCUGUAGUCCUCUGCUAUCAAGACAAUUCAGGCUUUCUGGGACAAUCCUUUAUCAUCAUCAUCAUUAUUGCAUCACAGUCUUGACUCAAUUUGUUUUUUUUAAUCACCAAUUAAUUAUUCAAUACCCACCCAAUUUGAAAUUGUCUAUUGUAUUUUUAUGUCUGAGCUCCUAAUGAUGCCCCUUGUACCUACUCUACAUCAGGGAAAACACACCUCAUUCUAAUCUGACCCUCAAACCCUCUUAUUACACAGCGGGUUCAGUGCUGAAUAAGCAGAGGCAGAUAGAUUACUCAGGGCAUUUGGGGAGGUUGAAAGAGUCAUAGAACCAAGAGAUCCCUGGCCAACUCAUCCCAUCUACAACAUUGGAGGUCCUGAGCUGACUGUUGGCAGCCACAGAGAAAUGAUAGUCACCAGCUAGGACCCAGGCUACAGCAUGUUACUCUUGCAUCUGAGAGUGGUUGAGCUCCCUUAGAAACUCCUCACUCAGCUUCUGAAUGAGAAUUGUCAAGGGCUUGGCCAGAUUACCCAAUAAGCCCUCACAAAAACAGAAUUCUCAAGUAUUCCUCACAGGCGUUCUGCACUCAUUAUACCAGCAGCAGUCUUCUGAAUGAUCAGGUGAACCAAGUAACUGCUGGGUAUGGAAAUGUCUGUCUGCUGCACUUUGUGCUUAGCAUUGUGUCACAGUCAUACAUCUUAUGCUAAUUAUGCUAUGGCAAAGGUGCUCAUUUUGACAAAGGCUCUGUAUCAUAGUGGUUGUAGAAGGUUGGUCAGAUAAAUCACAAAAAAGCAAGACUUUUUCAAGUAUUCACACACUACUAGGUUUCAAUCCUUUCACAAGGUGCUCUUGAGAGGCAUUUAUCUCUAAAAAAUGUCUGGGAUCUUGUAUAGCAGCACAGUUAAAAAUCAAGCCAUGGUUUCUAGCAAAUAUGAAAUAAAUCCAUUGAGAGCCACAUCUCAGAACAGUUUAAAGCAUCUGUAUUUCACCCAUGCAUUACCGAGAUACUGGUUAAAAUGCCUGUCAUCCGAGUUCCUUGCAAGAGAAUAACAGGACAAGGAGCUUUUCAAAAGCAGACUAGCUGUACCCAAGUGCACAGGGAAAUACAUCAGAGUAUACUCUGUCUUGUGAACGUCUUGCAGAAAUAUCACUUUGGGUUGAAAUCCACACAAGAUGUAAAGUACCAUAAAGAGUUGCAGGCACUGCCACAAGGAAGAGAUUACACAGAGGGAAAUACAGAUGAAGUAAUCUGUGGUAGAAGAUUAGAAGACUGGCUUCCAGCUCAGAAAUGAUCACAUGCUCUCUCUUUUUUCUCCUUUCAGUUUGAAGGUGUCAGUGCAAUUUAGUCCCAUAGCAAACAGAUAAGAUCACAAACCAGUGAGCAGUCUACAGCCCCUUGUUUAUGUUCUUGAGGAAAAUAAAAAUCACAAGACUUCUUACAUCUCUCUCAUCAGCAGACAAACGCUGUAACCCACGAGACGAAACAAACCAUCUGUUCUAACUCUCAUCAAGGCAGACCGCCUUUCUGCUAGCUUACUCAGUUAGAUCUCGGUUCCUGGCAUCUUUAAAUAAUGUAAUAUUUACUUUCAUCUGCUUUGUAAGUCAUGGUUUGAGUUUUCUCUGUCCAGCUUAUACACACUACAUUCGUGCACUGUACUGCCAAUAAGAUGUCUUAUCACAGGAAAGACACCCAGGAGUCCUGCCAUGGUGUCUACUUCCCAGCACUGAGUCGAAAGUUUUGUUAGCAAGCUCCUGGCAUAAGGCAAUUUUAUCCUCUUCACGGCAUGCAACGAGAAUGCAGCCAAAAAAA